GCACUGAGUGUACUGAAAAGAAAUUUUUGUUGUUAAUACGCCUGUGCUAACACAUCUAAGCUCUUAGUUUUAAAGGUUUCGGCUUCUUGUAAUUGCUGGAUUGGCUCUCUGAAGUGAUUGCAUCCUGAAAGGAUCUGCUUUGUAGCCCUCUCUUCCUGAGGUCUUGUUUUGCUGUGGGUGACUGCUUUCUAGAGCUGAAAUAUGGUUGAGAUAAUGGCAGUGUAAGAAUCCAUUUUCCUCAGAUAAGGCAGCUAUGCCUGUUCAAUUGCUGAAGAUUGGUAAAGGAAAUUCUGAGACUCUACUACCAAGACAUUUGCAGAAGGAGAAUUUGAAGCAUUUGCAAGAAGGCUUUGAUCAUACCAACAAAUACUUUCAGGGAAUAGUUGUUCUUUCCUACCCACUAACAAAGCUUGGAGAUGGGACAGACUUUUUCAAGGUUGUUCUUCAAGAUUUGGAUAACUUGUAUUCACGGACCAACAGCAUCAAUAUUUUAAUACAUGGAAAAAUGGCAGAAGAUUGUGCAAAAGUUUUACACCAUGGGGACACCUUCAUAGUUGCAGGAUUUAAGUUGGCAAAAUCACCUACAGCGGGACUGGAUGGUAGACAUGGUUGCCACCUAGAGCUGUCUGAAGAAGCUGGAUCAGCCAUUUAUAUUUAUGCUAAACCAAGAACAACUGCUGCUUCAGAAACUGCAUCUUUGCCUGUUGCACCAAAAUAUGUGUAUACUCCUCUGAAUCAUCUUAAAGAUGGAACUGUAGUGAAUUUGUAUGGCGUUGUGAAAUUCUUCAAGCCUCCGUAUGUAAGCAAAGGAACUGAUUAUUGCUCAGUUGUAACACUUGUGGAUCCAUCAAAUGUGAGGUUAACGUGCACUCUUUUUAAUGGAAAUGUAGAUUCCCUACCAAAAAUUUACAAAGUCGGAGAUAUUGUUCGAUUUCAUAGAAUAAAGAUCAGGGAAUACAAUGGACAGAUGCAGGGAAUUACCGGUGUGGGAUUUGCAUCCUUGACAUUUGAUGGAACUGUGGGAACGCCAGUAGUUCCUCGAUCCUCUAGCAAAGUGUACACUUUCAUGGAUGAAGAACAGAAAACAAUAGAAGAAUUGCGUGUUUGGGCAGCCAGUAAUCUUUCCAUCUCUGGACCAGCAGCAAAAUUGUCUGGUGUUAGGCCAAUGCUGUUCUUUGAUCUCACUUGCCAGCUGGUAGGAAAAGCAAAAGUGGAUGGAUCUUCUUUUCUUCUAAAGGUAUGGGAUGGCACAAAAUGUCCCUACCCAACAUGGAAGGUGCCUGUGGAAGCAAGAGACCUGGAAGGAGAAAAAGUUGUUCUUCAUCAGCUGCGAAAUCUAACGGUGGACGUUCUAGUCUAUGAUAACCAUGUACAACUGGCAAAAUCACUUAAGGUUGGAAGUUUUCUGAGAAUUUACAGUAUUCAUACGAAACAAGCAAGUGCUGUCGAUGAAGAUGUCUCACAUAUAGAAUUUCAUCUUCAUGGUGGCACCUGUUAUGGUCGAGGAAUAGGAGUCUUACCAGAAAGUAACCUGGAUGUUAAGGAACUAAAAGCAUUCUUAGAAUCUGUGGAUCUGGCAGACAGUCAGAAUAUGGAAAGCAUGUCGUCAGUGGAAUUAGACAGCACUUUUAACAAUGUUACAGAUCUUGAGUCACACUUACAGAGAUCUCAGCAGUUACCUGUUACAGUAUUAACAGAUCAUCAGGAUUUGAAUAACACAGAACUGAAAACCAUUCUGAACAGCACGGCUCCUCAACAGUAUCGCAUUAGAGCAAAGCUGAGAACUUAUAAACCCCAGAAGCUCUAUCAGUCUAUUAAACUUUAUUGUUCCAAAUGCAACUCUUUGCAAGAAGUUCCAGAUGGAGAUGACUUUGACUUUAUUUUACAAGGCUCUGCUGUUACUGCCCCAAACCCAGAAUUACACAAUACAUCCUGGUAUGAUUCUGUAAUGUGGACUACACAAGACCAGAAACAAAGGAAAAUAGCUAUCCAUUUUGUCAAGCAUGAUGAAAUGCUUCAACAACCUGAAGAUACUUUGCUUAUGAUAGAAGGUGGAACACUAAAAGAAGUCUGGAAGCUUACAAAAAGAUUUAAAUGUGUUAUUCCUGUGAGAUCCACAGAAGAUGAUCUUGUAUUAUUAGAUCCUUCAGCUCCUUUUCUUUUACAAGGGAACAUAAAAUAUUAUGGAUGCAAGCAGUGUUCAACUCCAAAGCCUAUCAAGAGUCUAAGUUCCAUUGCAGCAGAGCAACGACCAUCAUGGGAACCAACUGAAAUAGCACAAGUUUUAGGUAUUGUGCCGCUCCAGUAUGUUUUUAUUAUGAAGUUUACACUGGUUGAUGCAACAGGAGCACUAAACGUAUACCUUUUUGAUUAUGAAAAUUUUUUCCAAAUUCCUGCCUCUGAAAUCUUAACUAAUAAUUUUCUUCAGCAAAAGAUGCAGAUGACCAUGAAUAUGCUCUGUCCUCCAGGAAGAAAAUUAGAUGACUUGCCAUGGCUGGAAUGCUUCAUCAAGUCCUAUAAUGUCAGAGAUGCGAUGAAACACCAAGUUUAUUACCAAAUUUUUGACACUACAGUUGCUGAAGAUGUUGUAUAGUGAUGUGUUGCUAAUAGGAAGUAAUCCAGUAUAUAUACGAUUUGGGGGAAUCAGAGACUGUAUAAAAAAAAUCUUUGUUCCUUUCUUAGGAAUUCGACCUGUACGUAUGAAGUUUUAGUUUGUAUAUUAAUGUGAAUGGCAAUUAUGCUUUGAUGUAUUUACUACUUUCCUGGCGUACAGCCUUACGAUCUGAGUGCAAAUGGAGGUGCUAAGCUUUUCACUGGAGCCUGCUUGGCUCAGGCUGAUGGAAGCAAUCUGGUAUCCAUCUGUCCUUCAGAAAGGCAAUGAUGAGGUUACUCUAAACUGGUGAGUUUUACUCAGAAAAUAUAGUCAGAAUGAUGCUGCUUUGUUCAUUUCUGUGUUAAAUGAUCUCAGCAGAUACGGAAAAGGAGCUCUUCAGUAAACUUUCUCUCAGACUACUUUGUGCAAGCAUAUGUUGCUGUUCUCAGCCAGUUUAACAGGGUUGUUGUCCAUUUUUAGAGACUUCUUUGAUUUUGCACUUAUAGGUACAUUUAGACAGAACUCUUCCUGUUAAUCAUACCAAGGUAACUGCUAUGUGUACCAGUACUGUAGAUUUUGAUGGACUUAUGCAUGCGACCAUGUAAUGUUUAUCACUAAAAUUAAAGUCAAACCAUGAAAGUAAGGUAGUGUAAAAUUGUAAAAUGAGUAUUGACAUUCGCUAGGUCGUAAUGAUUUUUAAGGUGGCUCUAUUGGGUACCAAAGUUGUUAGCACGCUUAUUAGCUGGGUCUGUUUUUUCUAAGGCUCUCAUGUAUCUGGCUAAAUUUACUGUCAGAUUACACUGCCCAGAUCUGCUGUUUCUGUCUUACAUAGAUUGUAUGACUAAAUUUAAAGAUACAGAACUAAUCUAGUGAUAUCAUGACUUCAAAAUACUGCUGGAGUAGAAAAAUUACUCAGUGGUUUUACUUUGCAUUCAGAAGUCUGUAGGACAAAUUCAGGACAUUUCUCCGAGGAUAAUUAAUGUAGAAAUCCCCGACAAAUCAAAUGCUUUCCAUCAGAGCAAAAUUACUUAAUAUUUACAACAGCUGUUUUUUAAGGGAGUUCAGAAGCAAGAUGGAAUACUUGUAAAUAGAUUAUUAUUUUGAUAGUAGAUGACAUUUUAUUUAUUCAUUUUUCAGGGCUGUUAAGUAGAUUAUGCAAUUUGUCAUUUAAAAUUUCAUCUAAAUAUCUUCUGAUAAUUUUCUGGUACUCUAAAAAAAUUAUACUGGGUUUAUCUGUCAUAAACCAGGAGAUGUUCUUUAUUGAUUGGUGUAUAGGGAGAACCAACAUUAAAAGUGCUUAGUGGAUAUUUCCUUUAAAUAGUAUGAAAAAAAUCAACUUUGGAAUUGAACAAGCAGUUUACUAAAGAGCAGUACUGGCUUAUGAAAGCUUGCCUGAAUCUGUGAAUAAAUGCAUAAACAAAAAAUAGUUGUACAAAGUUGUUAAAUUAAUAUUACAGAACUUCAGACACUGGCCAUAUCCAGAGGAUUUCAGAAGCUAGGGGUUAAAUUGAAGGCAAUCUUUUUUGCUUUUCUUGUAAAUAGUGUAUGAAAACAUUGGAAUAGAAUGUUUUUAUUUUUAGAUUUUUGUUAACUCAGAUAUUGAUAUUGCACAUUUUUUCUAAAUUAAGUCUUUGUAAAGUAAUAAGAAUUUGUUUUGAACUUUGGUGUAAAAUAAAUCAAUUUCACUACAUCUCUUGUCUGAGAUCCCUGCCAGAAAACUCUGCAUAUGCAUCACUUGAUUUUUUUAUUAUUGAAUAUUGUAUUAAAAUGUUUAAUAAAGAUUUUUCCAAAUACAGUUUUUCUUGUACUUGACUUCUAGUUCCUAGUUCAUAAGACUCUGAAAAAUUUGUCAUCAAUAGCCUUUAUCCAACAAAAUGUUUCAAAUGAAUGUUUGUAUAGUUUGUUGGAUUGAAAAGUACAUGUUUAAUUCUCUUUCUAAAUACAAUUCAUAGAAAUAAUUUAAUUGGUAAUUUAAAAUUAUGUGUUUGGCAAUACUAAAGAUCACCGUACAGAAAGGAAUUAAUGCACAGACAGUUGAAAAUGUGUGUGUCUCAUUGGUAGCCUUUAUGGAGCAAUGGAAGUCACUGAGAUGGGACUCAGACCUUUAGUUACUUGUCCUGGUCAACGGUGAGGCCUGUGAGUAGCUGACUGAUGGAUGGAAAUCUUGAGGUUGCUGUGUCCUGAACUUACAGCACCAACAGGCUCCAGUUUCUGAAAGCUGAGCAUCUCAGGCAUCAAUGGCAUUUAGCCAUUACUAGCAACCUCCAUAAUAGAAAGAAAAGUCACAUUUCCCUUGGUCAGUUUCUUGACCAGGUAUGUGAUUUAAAUUUCUAAAACAUUAAUAAAAGGUUAAAUGUCUAUUUUAAUAGUUUAAAAAAAUUACUGACAUAGAUCGUAAGUAUUUAAAACACUCAAAAGUUGAACCAACAGUAGAUCAGGUUAACACUGGUACUCAGAUCCAGUGAAAACUCCAGGCAUGUCAUCCUGGUGUCUCAUCUUCCUCCAUCCACAUACAUCCGAGCAUACAGGUAACUGCAUCAAAACAUCAGCUUUUUACUAGAAAUGUGGGCUAAAUGGCAAAUAUGUAUGGAAUGUGAAGUAUACAUAGCACACAGCAACAUCACCAUGGGCAAGGGCAAAGAAUAUCUGAUGGUAAAGGAGGAGCUGUGAGGGGAAAUAAUAAAACUAUAAAAGAACAAUAAAGGAACAUGAACCCACCUGCCCACCCACCCCCAAUUACACAAGUAAGUGCAUAAAAGUGGUAAAAUUGUAAUUUAAAAAAAGAGAGUUUUCAGGGGAAAAAAAACAAAACAGAAAACAAUGUGGAAUAGUGUUUUCGGGGGUGCCUGUAUGAUUGGGCUCCUUGAAGUCCUUGUUUUAAGGGGGUUUAAAAAUUUAAGAUUGGAAGUCUCUCCAAAGUCAGUUGAAUUUAAGCUCUUGGAUGUCUCGCACUCUCUUGAAACUUCAAUUGGAAAGAUAGAAUGUAAAUAAAUAACAUAUAUUGCAGAAACAAGGAGGCAUUCCUGACAGGUGACCUGCUGUUCAGUGGUGACUGAACUUUCGCAAUCAGCUUUUGCUGUUACGGGAUCCAGAGAUUUACAGUCAAGACUUUGAAGUGCUUUGCUUAAUACUAAUCCUUUGGCUACUGAGCAGCAGGAACUGGGGCACUGCAAUAAGGCGCAAGGCCAACUAUAGAAAUGGAAUUGUGAAAAAAUUAAGCAAAUAUGUAUGUUCAAGUUCUUCAGAUGGAAUGGGAGCACUGCGGAAAAUUUUCUUCAGUAGAGGAGAGAAAAAAUUUCAAAUAAGAAUUUACUUCAAAUAAGCAUUAUUCCAAGUGUACUGAGCAGUGAAUAUUAAGAAUUGGAAACAAGGACGUUCAGCAGAAGAAGGAGAGAGAGGGAAAGAACAGUUUCAGAGGACAGUAGCAAAGGCAAGAAGUGGUAAUAGAGAGUCUUUAUGAGACAGUUUGCUGCAGCUGCUGUUCACAGUGUUUCCUAUACAUGAAAUUCCCAGUGAGAACUAUGGUUUGUUGAAACAUCCAUCUGAUGAAGGAUUACCAGAUCCAAAGUGCUUGAAAAAUGUAGAGCAGAACUAUGCUAUAAUUAAUGAGUUCAUAUUUGUGGUAAAGCUAUGGGUGGACUUCACCCCAAAAUGGUGCUCCAAUGUGUUUUUCCUUCUUGUUUUCUGCUACAACUCCAACACAUGCAUACAGCGGUAGGUCCAUAAAACUGCUCCAAUAUUACAAUUUGUCUGCAUAAACCAAACAAAUUGAAAGUCUAGGAAUAAAUCUACUUUUAGGAGAUAACUUGUUUUAAUUUGGAUUUUUGCAAGGAAACUAGGAGGAAAUAUGCUUAAUAUGGAAAUAUGUGCCAGAGAGGAAAAAAUGAUUUUUUUUUUUUUUUUUUGGUCUCAGAACUGUUCUAUUACAUGCAAAGCUUUGAGCAUAAAUUUGUUCUGUACCUUCUCCUGUGUGUGUACAGCCUGUGGACAACUACUGUUAAAAAAAUACAGUUUUGUGAAGUACAAGCUAUA